UUAAUUUUAAUUAGUUUCGUAAUUAUAGUUACAUUAACCCGCUCUCACCAUAACUGUGGUCAUGAAAGUAAAAAAAUACAAAAUCACUAUAAUAAAAUGUAAGAAAAUUAUGAAAAAAUCCAAAAUUCAAACUUUGACUAACGUAUUCUUUAAACAGAAGGAGAUGCAAUGCCUAUUAGAAUAACUAUAGAUUAUUCUAUGUUAGAUUAAAUAAAAUCGGGAAUAACCCGAUAAUAAAAAGAAUACUUAAAAGAAAUUAUGGAAACAUCCAAGCUUUUUUUCUAAAGACUUUUGAAAGUAUAACCAAUUAAAAAAAUAACAUUUAUCCGUCAAAUUGGCCAUAUGAUUGUAUAGAUUUUGAUAUUCCUAAAAAAGAUUAUACAAUUGGAAUUGCUAAUUCGGAUUUACACUUAUACAUAAUUUAUGAAAAUGAAGAUAAUUAUAAUCUUGCAGAUGCUGUUUUGUGUGCUAUUUCUAAUGAAGGAAUCAAAAGACCGACAUUUGGAAGAGUUAGUUUUAAUAUUAAAGAAUUGA